AUGGGUCGUCGCCGCCACGGAGGGCGUGCGAUCGGCCCGAGGUUAUCUAGAGUCACCAAAGCCGCCGGCGCCCACCCCCCCGGCCGGGGCCGGGGGGAGGCUGACCGGGUUGGUUUUGAUCUGAUAAAUGCACGCAUCCCCCCCGCGAGGGGGGUCAGCGCCCGUCGGCAUGUAUUAGCUCUAGAAUUACCACAGUUAUCCAACCGACGAGCGGCGCCACCGCCACCCGGGGCGGCUCGACACGCGGAAGGGGGGGACGAAACCCCCAACCCCCAAGACACGGCGGGCCCAAGGGGAGGCGAAACACAGCAGGGUCACGGCGACCCGGGUCGGGAAGCGGACGAGAAGCAAGAGAGCGAAAGGAGACGGGCCAGGGCCGCUCAGCAGACGGAGGAAGGCGCGGCAAAGGGCGACGGGGAAGGGCCAGGGCCCACCCACGCGACGACGGUGCGGGCGGAAGGGCCUCACCACGCGUCCAGCCGGCCAGUCACGCCAGAGCACACACACCCCCACCACCACACACGGGAUCUCACCGCCAGCACCCUCCGAGGGCAAGGGCGGUCCCGCGGGACGGGGAGGCGGCACCUGACGCGGCCAACCGGGGGCCGUCGUGCCUCAGCCACUGCCAGCCAACACGCGUCCUCACGUGGGGAAAACCACCGGCCACCGCCACCGGUCACGGACAGACCCCAACCCCACAAAGCCCCCACAGGCACGCGGGGAGCAGAGCCUUCAAAGAGUCCACCCUCCCCCGGAGGGGGGGAGGGCGAACGGCCCAGCCCGCCGAGGCAGCGAGGGGGGGUGGGGGCCGCACCGGGGCCACGGAGGGCGAGGCACCGGAGGCGCGAGGGAGAGGACGCGGGAAUCGCCUCGGGCCACAAAAGCCGGACCCCGCCGGGGAAACGGACACGGGAUCGCACCGCCACACGCCAGGGCGGCCCCGCGACGGCCAGGGACACCGGAGCCCGCCUCCGGCGACCCUCCGCGUCUUCUCCCACGCGCACCCGGGAGCCCCGCCGCCGGGGCGCCUCCACGCGACGUCGCCAACAACCGCACACGCCAAACGGCCCUCGCGCCGCCUCCCGCCCAGCCAACCGUCCGGAUCCCCGUUCCCGGGAAGCGCCGCGACCCCGAGGGAACGCUCCCCAGGGGCGACCACGCGGCCGAGGGGGAAGAGAGGGCUGGGCCCAAGCCCAACACACGUGCCGACCGCCGCCCCGAUGA